AUGGCUCCUAUUGCUACUUUUGAUACGCCAUCCAAUGGCACCUCAAAUCGUCCUCGCAUUCUUGUCCCUGAAAAGGUUUCCCCUGACGGCCUGGCCCUCUUGACUCCUCACUUUGAUGUCGACAACCGAAAAGGCCUGUCGCCUGCUGAACUCGUCAGCUUGAUCCCCAACUACCAUGGCCUCAUUGUGCGCUCCGAGACUCAGGUCACGGCUGACGUCUUACAAGCUGGGAGAAAGCUCAGGGUUGUUGCACGAGCUGGCGUCGGCGUUGACAAUAUCGACGUGCCGGCUGCAACAACUCAAGGCAUCAUAGUCGUCAACUCCCCCUCAGGCAACAUCAUUGCUGCGGCAGAGCAUACCAUUGCACUUCUUCUAGCGACGGCCCGAAACAUUGGCCAGGCUGACAGCAGCGUCAAGGCGGGCCGAUGGGACCGAUCCAAGCUUGUAGGCUCAGAAGCCAGCUCCAAGACUCUCGGAAUCAUCGGCCUGGGCAAGGUCGGCAUGAACGUUGCCCGCAUGGCGAAAGGCCUCGGGAUGACGGUCGUGGCUGUUGACCCGUACGCGAGUGCCGACAUGGCCCGUCAGGCGGGCGUAAAGCUUGUGUCUGGCCUGCAAGAGCUGCUCCCAAUCGUCGACUUUCUGACCAUCCACACGCCUCUCCUAGCCACCACGCUGGACAUGAUUGGCGAGGAAGAGCUGAAGAAGAUGAAGAAGACAGCCCGAGUGCUCAACGUUGCUCGUGGUGGCGUGUACAAUGAAGCGGCAUUGAUCAAGGGGCUCGACGAGGGAUGGAUCGCAGGAGCUGGCAUCGAUGUGUGGUCUACAGAGCCUCUGGUCCCAGACUCGAUAGCUGCCCAGCUCAGCAAGCACCCCAAGGUCGUGGCAACACCUCACCUGGGAGCCUCGACGAUUGAGGCCCAAGAGAACGUGUCAAUGGAUGUCUGCACGCAGGUGCUUGAGAUUCUGCGUGGCGGUCUCCCCACCAGCGCCGUCAACGCACCCAUCAUCAUGCCCGAGGAAUAUCGCAAGCUGCAGCCUUCUGUGAAACUCGUUGAGAAGAUGGGUCGCCUGUAUACGCAGCACUUUGUGCGACACAAGGGCGGAAUGAUGGGAGGCCGGCGCUUCGAGCUCAUCUACCACGGUGACCUGGCCAGCAUGUCCAACACAAAGCCGCUGUUUGCUGCGCUGGUCAAGGGACUGGUGUCGUCGUUCAGUGACUCGCAUGUCAACAUUGUCAAUGCGACGCUCAUCGCAAAGGAGAAGGGCAUUGUCAUCAGCGAGACGCACUCUGGUGACUCGCAGUCAACCUACGCCAACCUGGUGACACUGCGGUCUUACCAGACGGGCAGCAGCAGGGAACAGGUGAUUGAGGGCUACGCCAGCGACGAGCGGGUAUUCAUCUCCAAGCUAGGCCGAUUCAACGGCGUCUUCACGGCCGAGGGGACCCUGAUCAUCCUGCACAACUACGACGAGCCUGGUAAGAUCGGAGGCGUCGGAACGGUUCUUGGGAUGCACGGCAUCAACAUCAAGUCGAUGCAGGUGGCCAGUCUCGACCCGGAGGCGUCCAAGGGAGCCGAGACCCCGCCGGACCCCAAGGGCGACGAGGCAUUGAUGAUUCUGGGGGUGCUUGGGCCGGUGAGUAACGAGGUGUUGGAAGGGUUGAAGAACUCGGAGGGAGUGUUGGAUGUGAGUCUGGUGCAGCUGUAG